AACAAAGCCUGUCGGAAACCAUGGGCCGGCCCAUCACUCGGAUCCAAAGCCCACUUAAACCCCUGCGAGUUGCGACUGAUGGGUCCAUCUGGCUCCGGUCGUCACAAGUCAGUCUCGCGGCGGCGGCGACAAGGGGACGAGACGACGAGGCAGGCAGAGCGGGCGGCGACUACAGCGGCAGCAGCAGAUCUCGCGGGAUGGCGGCGAAGGCGAUCUCGAGCCCCGUGCCGGUGGAGUGGUACCCGACGCUGGCCGUCCUCAUGGUGUCCGUAGGCCUCAUGUUCACCGCCUCAUUCUUCAUUUAUGAAGCAACUUCAUCCAGGCGGAGCCGUAGCCUGGCAAAGGAGAUCGCAACAGCAGCAGUUGCUUCUGUUUUUCUGGGCUUUGGGUCUCUGUUCGUGCUCCUUGCAAGUGGUGUUUAUGUCUGACGACUGGCUAUGGAUCAUGUGCUUGUGUUCUGCAGCUCUAGUUGUAGCCUUGUAGGAUUGCAAGAUCCUCAAAGUUUGUGUUGUCCUAAAAAAUAUGGAGCCUUUGAACUUAUUCUAGACCCAUGUAUGAGAGCAACCGAACAAUGCUCAGACUUUUUUUCCCCAGGUCACAAUUAUAUCGUCAAUCUAAAUCCCUUUCUCCCUGAAUUGCUGCUUAUAUUUAAUAUUACCGUCAUUGUA